CGUCUGCAACUGCUUUGGCCUCAAUUUCGAGCUCUGGGUCCAGAAGUUCUUUCAGCUGCCGACGUUUGCUGGGAUGGAGGCCAAGAUGUCGGAAGCGAUGUCCAGGCGAAUCAGAGGCUUCUUUGGAGCAGCUAAUUUUUGGGCCAUCGUCCUCUACAACAUUCUUGCCCUCAACAGCUUGGACUUUGCCAUCAUUGUUUCUCGGAGAAUUCUCCUAGCAGGUUUCCCUCUCAGCACUUUAUCCAUCUGGUUCAUCACUUAUUGCGGCGUGCAGCUGAUCAAGGAGAGAGAGCGCCUCCUGGCCAUCCUGGAGGAGAAGGAAGGCAAGGAGAAGGGCGAGUGAAGCGAUGGAGAGACGGAAGACCGCUUCCAAGAUGGCGGCGGCCGCUCAGUGUCCGAGCAGGCUGGGCAAAGCCCAACCCGCCAAGUACUCCGCCCCCCCUGCCACCAAGCUGUACUGUCAGCCAUGCACAAACUCACCUGUUUAAUAAUAUCCUUUUCCCAUUUAAAUAAAAAGAAAUAUUUUCUAUAAGAUGUC